AAGCGUUUUUAGGAAAUAUAAUUUGAAAACGACUCUCUCUGGAACCCUAAAAUCUUUUGGUGGGCGAAAUUGCCGUGUAAUAAUAACAGAGUUGUUCGUUAGACAUUUUAAAGAGCAUUGUUAUAAAAUUCACCAGAAUACAAUUUUGUACGUGGCUCAGUUUUCCCCGUGUAUUACCCUAUUCAGUACAUAUUCCCUAAACCCAGCAGAGGGUGUCUCCCCCGUCCUGAAACCUGACUUCGUGAAAAUAUUUUUGGCAAGAGAUUUAGUUUGACGCAGCAAAGUAUCAUGAGUUCCUUUUGAGACAACAGGUAAUUUAAUCGUCUGUGUGUUUUCUUAUGUCUACGUGUCACUCCAAAACAAUGCAACAUCUUAUCUAAGCGAGAAGAGGUCAACUAUCAAUAAACAACGAAACCACACUGAUAAGACACUCUUGAAUUCCACUUGCCGUUGAACGAGCAGAGUAUUUAGGAGGAUGAUUUUCUUGUUGGCGUUGUCCUUUUUUCACAUCGGUACUUUUGCGGUUGCCGCGGAAGAUUUUAACCCGCUGGGAAGGGGAGUGUAUCUUCCUCAGUUUGACUUGCUUGGAAACUUGCGCGAAAGUGGAUCUCAGGUACUGCGUUCUUCAGCUGUGCCGCAAUGUACUAUUACAGCUAAACAGGACGUCUCGAGCAGGGGAUUCAAGUUUUACAAAAACACCGAAGAAUUCUACUCUUCCAUGACCACCUCCUCAGGUCUGGAAAGCUCUCUACAGACUGACUUUUCCUUGAGCCAAACACUUGAUCAAGCAUCAGAAAACGUCGGUGGAAGUGACCGGAGAGUGACUGGUAAUUCACUUUAUUUUGUCGCAUCCUAUCGUCAAGAAAUAUUGAACAAAGACUGCCUGAAUUAUGGAAAAGAUUUUGACGAAAAGUUUCUGGAUAGUUUUCAAUCACUGCCAGUCAACAUUCCACAGCCGUGGAUGGACUCGGAUUGGAAAGAGUAUGAUAUCUUCCUUAAGAAAUACGGCUCCCAUGUUUUCACGUCUAUUUCGGUAGGAUCGAUGAUCAAUCAAAUGGCAUUUGCUGAGACUUCCGAUUCCUACACUGAACGAGAUUUCCAGGUCAAAAGCUGCAUGUCCCUGGGUAUAUCAUCGGCGUUUGGAGUCUCGAUGUGUUCCGAUAUUGACAAAAGUGAAGCAUCGCGAGUGUCAAAGAUGAACAUGAGGGGCGAGCUUGUCAUUAAAGGAGGGACCACUGAAACCCGAAACGAACUCAUCAAGAACCGCACAGCCGACCUGAUUGAAAAAUUCAUGAAUGAAGCCAACGCCACUAACGCUGCAAUCCAGUAUACGUUAACCGCAACCUGGGAUAUCCUCUUGUUUCUUUAUGUAGGUAAAGAUAACGAUAACUUCAUCAGAGCUGUCAAUCUCGAGUCCUACUACCUCGGGUUUCUCAAUUAUGGCUGCAACUAUCAGACAAAUGGUGGACAAGAUUUGCAGAUGUUCAACUUGGUGAAGGGUUCUUCCCCUACCUCACCCCAGUACGAGUGUUCUCUGGCGCCAGAAGGCUGUCAUAGAAAUGACGAUUGUCACGUCAAGGCAUUUAGUCGAUGCCGUUGCUAUGGUACCUCGUGCAUUAAGUACGAGAAAGUGACACUGGACACUGGGAAGACAAAGAAGAACGCUCACGUCAACAGGGACGACAACUCAUUGAAAGGGCAUGGAUGCAGCUACAAAUCGUCAAAGGCACAGUGUUACUGCACGGAUGAAUCAAAACAGCGUACUGUCGUAUGGCCCGCUAAAAGGGGAAGUAAAGAUGUUUUGUAUAAAGCACAUCACCUAAACUUGAAGCAACUCGUGUGUGACAGAAAGGAGGCUUAAACGAAGAGCAUAUCGCCUGGGAAGAUCCGCAAACUAAACCACGACAUUGUAGAUGCAGUUUCUUUACAAUAUCCCGCUUCGCUUUACUAAAACAGAGACUGGAACAGUCUUUGUUAACAGUUGAUCAUGUCAGUUUGUAUCUUUAUCCCAAAAUCGCUGGCAUUUUAACUUUUCGUCGUUCAUUGUUGAACACAUUAUUAGUGAAAAUUAUCAGUUUAGACUUGAGCUCACAUGUGCUCAGCUAUUUGUUGUUCUAUACGUUUUUUUUGCUAAUAGUCAACGGGGUUUUCAAGUCCUUUAGAGUUGCUUUUGCUAAUGAUCAUAGUUAUUAUUUUUAGUUAUGGCUGAAUCUCAUAUCCCAAAAUCAACUGAAGAAAACUCAAUUUGAGAUGCUAAGAUUGUUCUUUUGGACCUUUUGAGUUUCAGUUGUGUUUAGAGUGUAUAUUACCCAUAUAUAUAUAUGUGCAUUCUCGUGAAUGAUUUUAAUUCAUAGCGUAAGGCGUGAACCCAGGCGUCGGCUGAACUGUCAAAGAGAAAAAAUGCCCUUCAUUUCUUUAUCAUUGCUACACUAAAAACAAUGUCAUAUAAGACUUAAAUACACUAUCAGUUGAGAGAGUUGGGGAAUUUAUUUAGUCACACCAGCAGAACUAGAAAAAUCAGUCCCCUUAUUUUCGUCAGUCAACGAAACGGGUUUGUGAUUUGUCCCCUAUUUAAUGUUGAAUAGGUACGUUGCAGUCAGUGUGCGUCGCACAAUUUUCGUAAAAUUUGUUUUCUGGAAUAUCCACACUCUAUGUAGCUUGUCAGAAUUUCAUAACUCAUGGGUUUGGCGUCUCAGACUACACUCUCUGCACCCAAGAGCAGAAUGAUUUCUCUGAACAUAACUAGGGUAGAUUUGAUGGGAGGCGUACACAUGGUACAUGCGCGAUUAGAGUCUGUAUUCAGUAUAUACAUUCAUCUGUACGAAGCACGAUUCAGAGUGCGGGGAUAAUUUUCAGACAAAUGUCUCACUCAAACCCAGUGCGCAUUUAUUUUUGUAGUCAUAAGAAAAUAGUCCGGCAAUUUUGGCCAUCAUGUCGUCAUCUAAGUAGUGCGCUUCGUAACACAAAAUCCCGCGCACCUCGCUGCAGAACCGUGGUCGAAAAAGUGAACUUUUGUUGACUGGGUUCUAGUCAGGACUAGUGUAAACUCAAGGAUGGAUCUAAUGUGGAAUUGAGGAAUUGGCUAUGUCACUGUACGUCACACAUCUCGGCUCAUCCGGUUAAAGGAGCUUCGUCACGGUUUCCGCAUCUUGAAAAGUUUAUCAUAAAUUGUUCAAGUUCGUCGUUUGUAAUCCGUGUCAAUUUUCUCCAUACUUCACCAUCCUUGUUCAUUCAUGGUUUAUUAUUAGUCUUUGGUGCUUCUGCAUCUUAGUUAACUGCUAUUUAUAUUUUCAGGUUCCCUUUAGUUGAAAGCCGUAUUUUGUAAAAAAAAAAAAAUGACUCAAAAUAUCGUGACUGAGCUCCUUCAAGUAUACGGAUUGGCGUUAGGACCGUUAGAAUGUUUCAUAAGCUUCAUUUGUCACCGGAUUCUUAUACAAACGUUAUAUUCUGCGCCCCCCACCCCCCGCUGUGUGUACCCUCCACGGGCCCUGGCGGAAAAACUCGUGGUAUGUUUUUUCAUCUCAAUGAUACGGCCGGUUUUGCCUCCUGCUUAUCUCUCUUAGAGACUAAGAACCUUAAACUGAGUCAACAAAUCAGUGCAGGGUAUAAGAACCCAAAGCACUAAACAGUUAUGGAAAAGUCAGUGCGAGAGAAGUAUGGGACGAAAUUACAUUGUAUAAAUCAGUUAGUAUGUAUGGAGACUACAAACGUCGGGUUUCUUGGUUUAAGGCCGUGAGAUCGAGUUCCCCAUGAACAUUUUCAAAUAACAGCAGAUGUCACAAGAUAAUCAUUGUACUGAACACAUUUAGAGCGUGUUACGUAUUUCCUAUGCAACAGAUUGUCUAACUGCGUAAUGGUUUGUUUAUUUUGGAUUAAAAGCGUCCCUAAAAUUCAAAGCAAAGAACUUCCAAUAUGUUUGGUCCUUAUUCCGGCUAAAAGCUGUGCAAAUAAAAACAUAUCCCUCAAUCCUGGUAAACAAUCCAGUGGUGAUUUCCAGAGACAAAUUCAAUUUUCGAUUAUUCUUCGCUGAUCUCGAUAUGACGAAUCGUGGAUAUUUAACAAUAUUUAGUUCAUUUUAUAGAUAUUUUGUUGCAUUUAGUAAUUCACACGUUAUCAAAGCGAUUCACAAAUCCCAUAAAGGCACAGAAACGCCAAUAACUUGAAGAUGCAGUGAAAUAUUUUCAACCUGCUUAUUAACCCGUCAAACUUCAGAUGGUCCCUAAAUCAACAAAACUAUUCCCUCCACUGAUUGGUCAACGAGCAGUCAAAUACCGGAGCACAGGUCAACGGGUUUUUACGUAAGAAUGCCAGAUCACUGCAUCGUAAUGAAAUCACCCAAGAACAAAGGAUGAUAUAUUUUUCCUUCUCAGCGGCGUGAAACAAUCCUAAAGUAGCUUGAAUGAAUUCGUCCGCGGACGUAUUGGAAUACGCCAACACUGGAAAAAUAAGGACAGAUUGAGGUUUAACGAGGCACCAUGACGUCAGCCAUCAAGGUUAUCGAACAGAUCAACGAGCAAUUGAUGUGCGCCAUUUGUCUGGAUCGCUUGACCACGCCGCUAUUCCUGCAAUGUCUUCACACGUUCUGUUCGCAGUGUUUGCAUAGAAUUGCCAACAACGAUCCAUCUUCAACGAUUACCUGUCCCACAUGCCGCGCCAAAACUCCACUUCCGGACCAAGGAAUCGAUCACUUAAUGCCUAACUUCUUUGUAAAUCAAAUGCUGGAUCUGGUUCACUUGAAAUCAGAAGAGCUGAAGAAAGAAAUGCGCGAGAACAAGAAGUGCAACGCCUGCGAUAACAUGAAAACAGCGGAUUUUGCUACUUCAAGAUGCGUGGACUGCAACAAGGACUUGUGCACGAGUUGCGUGGCAGAGCACAAGCGGGCCCAUGCCACACUCGACCACAGAAUCAUUGCAACCAGCGAAGAUGACAGCCAAGAGACUCAAGAGCUGGAUAAAUACAGUUUGUCGUUCUGCAAGUAUCACACAAGAAAUGUCAUCAAGUACUUUUGCAACACGUGCGACGAAGCCAUUUGCCGAGUGUGUACGAUCCUAGAGCACCGGGAACACCAGUACGUAUAUCCCAAGGACGCUUUGCCGGCCAGGAGAGGCGCUAUCGCAGAACUGCUUGAACAAGCCAAAUCCCGGAUGCCUGAACUAAAGAAAACGCUGUCUCAAGUUCAAGAAAUGUCAAAAAGGCUCACGGAGUGCAGAGAAGCCAUCGCAAAGGAAAUCAGCGAGAACACUGAAGAUCGAAUCGAGGCGUUGCGCGAAGGACAAAAUGAGCUGUUGAGGCAGCUAGAUCACAUCCAUGACGGCAAGCAGAAAGUCUUGGGCUUGCAAAAGGACAGCAUCGAGCUUGAGCUGGGAAAGCUUUCUGGCUGCUGCGAGUUUGCUGACAACGUCUUGACGUUUGGCAACGAGGUCGAAGUUCUACAGAUGAAAGGACGCUUGGAAAUCUUGAAUGAUGUGAAGGUCCAAUUCGAGCCUGAAGAAGACGACACCAUUCAAUACGUUCACGAUCCCGCCUCAACAAAGACUGUGUCCGAGUCUCUAGGCAGCAUCCGGGCUAGCAGCACUUUUGCCUCGAUUUCAUACGCAAGUGGAGACGGAAUUCACACUGCGCGUGUCAAAAUGGAGACAACUUUCCGGCUGACCACUAAGGAUCGACAUGGCCAGAGAUACAAAGGAGGAGAUAGAGUCACAGUUGACAUAAGGCAACCUGAUGGGACACCUUUGCGGUCCACAGUCAAGGAUGAAGGGGAUGGCACCUACACUGUGUUCUACAUGCCAGAGGUGAAUGGCAAACAUGAAGUGUCCGUUUCCAUUCAAGAUAAGCCAAUCAUGGGUAGCCCCUUCACCGUGCUCGUCAUCAACCGCCGCGAAUACGCCGACGUCGGCCCGACGCUCCAUCGAUUUGGUCAGUACGGCAGCAAAAAACGCGAGUUCAAAUCACCGUUCGGCGUUGCAGUCGACAACGAGAGUUACAUCUACGUAGCCGAUAGCUACAACCAUCGAAUCCAAAUUUUUGGCCCACGGGGAGAGUAUGUUUCCCAGUUUGGUUCCCACGGGGAACGCAAGGGAGAGUUUAACUGCCCGACAGACGUAGCCAUUGAUAACAAAGGAAGAAUCAUUGUUUGCGACAAUGGUAACAACAGAAUUCAGGUCCUUAGUCGGAAUGGUGCAUUCAUUGGCAAAUUUGGUCGCGAGGGUACUGGCAACGGUUUCUUCAAAUCCCCCUGGGGAGUUGCGACCUCUCGGAAGAACGAUAUUCUAGUCGCUGACAUGGAGAAUCACCGGGUUCAAAUUUUCUCCCCCGAAGGAAAGUUCGUAUCAAAAAUUGGUUCUUACGGCGAUCGCCCCGGGCAGUUUAACUCUCCCUGCUACCUCCUCGUCAACCCGGAAGAUGACCAUAUAUAUGUAUCUGACUCGAAAAACCACCGUAUCCAAGAGUUCGACAAAAACGGGAAAUCGCUGAGGCAAAUCGGAUGCCAGGGAACAGGGGAAGGGCAGUUUUCACAUCCCCGUGGGCUAGCCAUCGAUAUCGCCGGCAAUCUUGUGAUUGCUGACAUGGGAAAUCACCGCUUGCAGAUAUUGGCCGCCAGUGGUAAGUUCGUCAAGGAGGCUGGAUCCGAGGGUAGUGGAGACGGACAGCUAUCGUUCCCAGAGAGCGUUGCGAUCAUGCCCAAUAGUGGAUACAUUGUUGUAUCUGAUCUCAGCAACAAUCGUAUACAAGUUUUUUAGAAGAAACAGCACACAUCUAUAUGCAUAAGCGUUCUACUGUAGCAAAAGCCUCAGUUGUGUAGAGAGGUUAUGAUAAGAAAAACAAUACGUUUUAGAAAAGCCUUGUAAGCCCUUUGCAGGUCCUCCACAAAUGAAUAUUUACAGGGCAGUGUUUGCUGGACGCCAUGAAUUUAACAUUUUUGAGCUAGUUUAUAUUGUAACAAUUUUAUUUAUCCUCACGGCGAGAGAUGGUACAAGAGAUAUCUAGAGAAACUAGAAAAUUACUCAAUGCUAGAGAUGAUGUAGAUUUAUUAUGUUUUGUCUUUCGGAACAAGAAAGAUUGAGUUCCUCGUCAUCCCAGCCGCCACCAGAGUAAAUAUGUUUUCAGUUAUGUUUAUUUAGUUUUGCAAAGCCUCUUUUUUUGGCCAGAAUCGAAUUUGUGAUAAGUAACUAGAAACGAGUAACGAAUAAGCUAUCCCACAGAUUCAAGUGAAAGAAUAAAUUAUUCAAUAUACAAACAAACAAACAAACAAACAAGCUAGCCGGAAAGCAAGGAAAGAAGAAAGGAGAGGAUGCAUAAAAUGUGCGAAUACUAAACAAAUUUAUGAACAAAAGAAUAAACUUUCCAAAUGAUUCA